GUUAUCAAAAUGUUUCUCAUCAGAGGUUUGGACAUAAAAGUGGUACUCAUAUCACUCUGCAUUGUAUACUAUUCAACGCUAUCAGAAGGACGACCAUUAAGGUAGGUUUGAACCUUAUAUGCAGUGUUUGGAAAUAACUUAAUGGAAUAACUUUAUAUUAUGGACUAUAUUAAAUUGUAUUGUAACAUGAUUGGAUAUGACAGCAUACAAGUAGGCCUAUAGCCUUGUUGCAAAUUAUAAAGUCAUGUUUUAAAUCAGACACAUCUAACUUACUAUGUAUUGUUUCCUACAGAAAGAGAUCUGUUAGUGAAGUACAACUAAUGCACAACCUUGGAGAACACAAGCACGUGCAGUUGAGGCAAGAUUGGCUUCAGAUGAAGCUGAGGGACAUCCAUACAGCCUCGCUCCGAAAUGCAGAGAGGGGGGAGAAAGUGAGAACCAGAAGCCUUCUUCCCGAGGACCUUCCGGAUUUGGAGGAGUUAACGCCAAACGAAGUUAAAUACAUUUUGGAGAAACUCCUCAAUGCUCAUUGA